AAGUACUCAAAGACUAGUCUUUGCCAAGUACUGGGCAUGCACUGGCUCCUGAACAAGGAAGGUAGACUGAACCUACUCCAGUGCUGGUCAAGUCUGGUCUGGAAACAGCUCACACUUGUUACCGUUACAACACUCUCUGGCAGGUUGUUCCAUGAGUUCACAACUCUCACCCCGAAAAAGUUUGCCCUCACAAUUUUCUUGACUUGCGGAUUCUUCAACCUUGAGCUGUGACCCCUUGUGGGUCGGGCGCCCGCCAGCACCAGGCAACAACGACUUGGUGCAGUCUUGCCACAGCUUCACCACCUUACAGUAGUUCCCUUUGUCCAUUGUGUAAGGCCAAGUCAUAGUCAUUAUAAUGUAAAGAAACCUGAGAAGAAAAACUGGUUAAACUGUACUUAUGGGGCGUAUGUUUAUUAAUUAACUAAGGACAACAAAAUAUGCUCAGUAACUACUAGAUUACUGUACAGUAUUCCUCUUUCUUUGUUGGAUCCAUGUCAAGAAGGACCUUUUAUGACCAUUACUGUAUAUGUACAUUAAAUUUUCUUAUGAAACAGCAAGUAGGCCAUUGCCUCUACAUACCAUCAUUAAAUUAUAUCCAGUUUCAACAAGAACAGAACCACUGGGUUUUGCCAUUUUUUGUUUGUACUGUACAGUAUCUGCUAAAAUGAGGAAUAGUUCAGUGAUGGUUUGUUUUCAGUCACUGGAGUGUGCAGAUCACAUUACAUGUGUAAGGAGUUUCCAUUCACUGAUUCAUAAGUAAAUUCAAAUUUAGGUAAUGGGAAUAACAUACACAGUAGUAUCUAGAGCUGGAUUUUGUUAAGUAAAAGGAGUACAUUGCAGGUGCUGUACUUUGAUAACACUUCUUUGUCAUGUACAGUACUGUAUUGAUUAAUAAGUGCAUGCCCCAAAACUACAGUGAAGGUUAUACAGUAUUCUCAGAUUUUUUCAAUUACAGUAUAAUGCCAGUCACUAUAGGCAAGUACUGUACUGUACAGUACAGCGUGGUUAUACCAGUUGUGACAAAAGUCUCUCCCAGUUGAUACCCAAAUAAGAGGGAACCGCAGUCUGUCCAGGCAGAGGUUGAGUUGGCGGCAGAAGAGGCAAGGCGUGUGGCAGGACGAGGGUUCGACGAGAUGACAGAGGAAGACAUACGGGCUAUGUUGGAACCUGUUAUGCCUACAGCUGAGGAUAUUAUGGAGGAAGACAGACGGAACAUAGAAGACAGCCCAGAAGAACAACCCGCCGCACAACCCAUGUCAAAAGUCAGGGAAAUUAUUGAGUUGAGUGAACGGUUGAAACACCUCAUCGAACAGCACCCUCCCCCGACUGGCGACAGUGAAAGUGUGUCUGGUAUCAUAGGCAGAGCACUCCAGCCUUAUGUUGACCAGCUAAACCAUCACCACAACGCAUUGCGGCAGAGACAAUUUAGGGACUUCUUUCGUCAACAACAACAACCACCUCAGCCACCUGUACUACCUCAAGCUGACUUUGAGGGUUUUCAAGAGGAUGAGGAGUUACUCGAAGAAUUAGUGCCGGGUGGGGACCACUAACUCUCUACCCUCUAGCCUCGGAAUCCCUUCCCUCAAGACCAGCUCAAGUCUGUAAGUACAGUAACAUACACAGUAACAAAUGUAUUCUUCUUUAUUGUUCCCUUUUCAUCACUUUGUAAUAAACCUAGCCAUGCCUG